AGGGGUAGAGGAGUCGACGGAGCGCUGAAGUUACCCUUGCGCGGCGCGCGCAGUGGCAACGCGUCCCGGCCCCCCGCGCUGGACGGCGGAGGACCCCUGUCGCGCCCCUGGCUGGUCCCGGGACCCCAGCGGGAGUCCCGCGUCUGGCGUCUCGAGUCGCCGGGAGUCUGAGUUGCGGGCCACGCGGGACUGGCUGUGGCAAGCCCGCUGGUCGUUAUGAGGACGGAUCUAAAAUGACCGGCAAGCGGAAACCUUUCCAAACGCAGCUCAGGCGGUCAAUCAGUGAGCAGUUGCGGGACUCUACGGCCAGAGCCUGGGAUCGGCUGUGGAAAAACGUCCGGGAGAGACGGCUGGCAGAAAUUGAGGCGAAGGAAGCAUGUGACUGGCUCCGUGCUGCCGGGUUUCCGCAGUACGCUCAGUUAUAUGAGGACUCACAAUUUCCCAUCAACAUUGUGGCUGUCAAGAACGAUCAUGAUUUUCUUGAAAAAGACCUUGUAGAACCUCUUUACAGACGACUAAAUACCUUGAACAAGUGUGCCUCAAUGAAACUUGAUGUGAACUUCCAAAGGAAAAAGGGUGACGACUCUGAUGAGGAAGAUCUCUGCAUCAGCAACAAAUGGACUUUCCAAAGGACCAGCCGCCGGUGGUCUCGCGUGGACGACCUCCACGCACUGUUUCCCGGCGGAGACAGAAACGGGUCGGCAGGAGACAUUAGGAUGAGAAACACGACCAGCAGUGAGAGCGUCCUCACCGACCUGAGCGAGCCCGAGGUCUGCUCCAUUCACAGCGAAAGCAGCGGCGGGAGCGACGGCCGCAGCCAGCCGGGCAGUUACGGCGCCGGCCGGGAGGCCUUGGACGGCCCCGGGCAGUACUGCGCCCACGGCCCAGCCAUGCUGGACGCCACGCUGGGCGGCAGCAGCCUCCCGCCGUCCCCCAAAGACGGUCUCCAGCACCCUUUGCACCCAAAGAAUGAGAAGCCCACCCGGGCCAGAGCCAAAUCAUUUCUGAAACGCAUGGAAACGCUGCGGGGGAAAGGAGCGCAGGGAAGGCAGAAGGGGUCGGGGCGGACCGGGGGCUUGGUGAUCAGCGGCCCGGUGCUGCAGCAGGAGCCCGAGUCCUUCAAGGCCAUGCAGUGCAUCCAGAUUCCAAAUGGAGAUCUCCAGAACUCACCCCCCGCUGCCUGCAAAACAGGGCUUCCGGGGCCCAGCAAAUGGAGCGGUGAGAGCAGCCCGUCGGAAAACAGCAGCAGCGGGGUGAGCACGCCCGGCCUGAAGGAGCGAAGAUGCCAGGAGGCCCACAAGCGCGGGGGCAUGUACUUAGAAGACCUGGAUGUGCUGGCGGGGACAGCACUGCGGGAUGCAGGGGACCAAAACCACGCACGCGAGUUUCAUUCCCAAGAGAACUUGGUGGUGCACAUUCCCAAGGACCACAAACCAGGAACGUUCCCCAAGGCGCUCUCUAUCGAAAGCCUCUCACCAACAGACAAUAGCAGCGGGGUUCACUGGAGGACUGGGAGCAUCUCCCUGGGCAGACAGCCGGGCCCUGGGGCCGGGGAGCCCAGGCUCAUGGCGUCCUGCCACAGAGCGAGUCGAGUUAGCGUCUACGACAACGUCCCCGGCUCCCACCUGUAUGCCAGCACCGGGGAUCUUUUGGACUUGGAGAAGGACGAUCUCUUCCCUCACUUAGAUGACAUUCUGCAUCAUGUCAACGGGCUCCAAGAGGUAGUGGAUGACUGGUCCAAAAACCUGUUACCUGAACUGCAGACACAUAAUGCGCUGGCCGGAGAAGCUGGCUUCUGCCCCUUCCCCCCUCACAGUCAGAUCACCUUAGAUUUUGAAGGCAAUUCUGUCUCCGAAGGUCGGACAACACCCAGUGAUGUGGAAAGAGAUGGAGCGUCACUUAAUGAAUCAGAGGCUGCUGGAGUCAGAGAAAGGAGGGACUCUGGAGUAGGGGCCUCUCUGACCAGGCCAAACAGGCGACUCCGGUGGAACAGCUUCCAGCUCUCACACCAGCCGCAGCCGUCCACGGCGUCGCCCCACAUCAGCGGUCAGACAGCCGGCCAGCUGAACCUGCUCCAGCGCUUCUCGCUGCUUCGCCUCACUGCCAUCAUGGAGAAGCACUCCAUGUCCAACAAACACGGCUGGACGUGGGCAGUUCCAAAGUUCAUGAAGAGGAUGAAAGUUCCUGAUUACAGAGACAAGACAGUCUUUGGCAUUCCUCUCAUCGUUCACGUCCAGAGAACGGGGCAGCCCCUGCCACAGAGUAUCCAGCAAGCCCUGAGGUAUCUACGCAGCAACUGCCUCGAUCAGGUGGGUCUUUUUCGAAAAUCAGGCGUGAAGUCUCGAAUCCAUGCCUUACGUCAAAUGAACGAGAGCUUUCCUGAGAACGUCAGCUACGAGGACCAAUCCGCUUACGACGUGGCAGAUAUGGUGAAGCAGUUCUUCCGGGACCUUCCUGAGCCUCUUUUCACCAACAAGCUCAACGAGACCUUCCUCCACAUCUAUCAGUACGUCCCCAAAGAGCAGCAGUUGCAGGCAGUGCAGGCGGCUGUCCUGCUGCUGGCCGAUGAGAGCAGGGAGGUGCUGCAGACGCUGCUGUGCUUCCUCAACGACGUGGUCCACGCGGUGGAGGAGAAUCAGAUGACGCCCAUGAACCUGGCUGUGUGUCUGGCCCCCUCCCUCUUCCAUCUGAAUUUACUGAAGAAGGAAAGCUCCCCCAGAGUUAGCCAGAAGAAGUAUGCCUCUGGGAAGCCAGAUCAAAAAGACCUCAGUGAGAAUCUGGCCGCAGCUCAGGGGCUGGCGCACAUGAUCAUGGAAUGCGACAGGCUUUUUGAGGUCCCGCUUGAGAUGGUGGCCCAGUCUCAUAACUCAUAUAUGGAGGCUGAGAUGCAUCCCCCAACCCUGGAAGACCUGGGGGCCCAGAUGGAGGAGAGCGGGGCCACUUUCCACACGUACCUGGAGCAUCUCAUCCAGGGCCUCCAGAAGGAAGCCAAGGAAAAGUUCAAAGGAUGGGUCACGUGUUCCAACACAGACAACACAGAUCUUGCUUUCAAAAAGGUGGGAGACGGGCAUCCGCUGAGGCUAUGGAAGGCUUCUGUGGAGGUGGAAGCGCCCCCCUCGGUGGUUUUGAAUCGCGUGCUGAGGGAGCGCCACCUGUGGGAUGAGGAUUUCGUGCAGUGGAAGGUGGUGGAAACGCUGGACAAGCAAACAGAAAUCUAUCAGUACGUGCAGAACAGCAUGGCGCCUCACCCUUCCAGAGACUUCCUGGUUCUCAGGACCUGGAAGACUGAUUUGCCCAAAGGAAUGUGCACCCUGGUGUCCCUCUCCGUGGAGCACGAGGAAGCCCAGCUCAUGGGUGGUGUGCGGGCCGUGGUGAUGGACUCUCAGUACUUAAUGGAGCCGUGUGGGUCCGGCAAGUCGAGGCUGACGCACAUCUGCAGGGUGGACCUGAGAGGUCACUCCCCAGAAUGGUACAAUAAAGGCUUUGGACAUCUGUGUGCAGCGGAAGUUGCCAGGAUUAGAAACUCUUUUCAGCCCCUCAUUGCUGAGGGUCCAGAAACUAAAAUCUGAGUUUUCCCCAGUGUGACAUCAAACUCAGGGAAGAGGAAGUGAAAGCAAACACUUGUGGGAGAGAGUGUGCGUGUGAGAAAGCAAGGAAGAGAGAUAAACCGAUUGACAAUGCUUAUAAAUGGAAGCACUGAGAAGUCGGAAUGUUGAAGAUGCAAGAAUUUCUGAGAACUUUCCUAGCCUUCCUGGAGACGGCUACAUCCCUACUAAUAUAAUAUUUUUAAAAAUCAGAACAACAUUUAUCUAUGUUACUUAAAAUUAAAUGGAUUAUUCCUUGUGCAUUGCCUAAUUUGCUAUUUAAAGGCUUCUAAGAAGCAUAUUCUUAACUGUAAAUAAAUGUAUGUAUAGCAUAUGUA